AAACUUAAAAAGUCUAAGUCACAGGUGACAACAAUAAAAGAUAAUAAUUUUUCUUUUCCAAAGAAGGUGAAUUCAUUAGAUGAAGCUACAAGAGCCAAACAAUUUCAGUCUUUUCCACAGUGCCUACAUAUUUUCAAGCAACGCUAUGGGCCGAGAGUUGGGUUUGGGCCCCCCCUAUGGGGCUCCGCGCCCCACUUAAAGUGGGGAAAUUACGGAAAAACCCCCUUUACAAGAAUACGGAAUAUUAAAUUUCGUAUUCAAUACGGAAUAUAAAGUUCCGUAUUAUAUUACUAUGUAAUCGACAGGGGUUUUUUCAAAACCCAUUUCAGCGCUCCAAACCAUUCCCAACCCUUGCUCUGCAAUCUUCGAGACCGACGCUCUCCUUGCUUCAAUCAUCAUCUGGACAGGGUACCAUCGUCUCCAUCAUCAACCCCAUUCUCCCCAUUCAUUGCAUUGAACCUAGAGGUAAGUAAGUUUGGAUUUCAACUUGAAUUCACCAUUUAACUUGAAAUUAUGGAAUCUUUCAACCCUAGGAUAGUCGAUUUAUGCUUAAGUAGAUGUUAGGUUGGCUGAAAUUGUAUAAAUUGGUCUUUGGGGCGAGUUCCAAUCAUGCAAUGUCGUUAAUGGAGUUCUGGUUCGAUACGGAACAUAAUAUUCCGUAUUCAAUAUGAAACUUAAUGUUCCGUAUUGGAUAUGAAACUUAAUGUUCCGUAUUGGAUAUGAAACUUAAUGUUCCGUAUUUGGUGUCUGUUUAGAGUUAUAAACUUAAUUUAUAAAAUGUUUUUAUAAAACUUAAUAUAAUUAGCUUAGUUUAUUUAUAAAACCUAAUCUAAUUAGCUUAGUUAAUUUAUAAAAUGUUUUUAAUUUAGUUAUAAACAUCGUGAAUUAUUUAGUGAUUUUAUUUAGAGAUUUAAUUGAGAAAUUUAGUAAUUGAGCGAGUAUAAUUUAUUCAGUGAAUUUAUUUAGAAAAUGUUUGCUCUGAAUAUAUAGUGAGAAUGAAGAACAGAAAGAGGUCUCGAGCUAGUGAGGAUGCGGGGCCUACAGAGGAUAGACACCGGCGAUUACAUGCUUCUAGCCGGCGCGGCGAUCAUGCUGCGACCUCUCACGCGGUUGAGGCUUCAGCUCCAGCUCCAGUUGAUUCUAUGCAGUCGCCCAUGGUAGAGGCUUCAGCUCCAGCUCCAGUUGAGCCUACUGAUCGAGUUCCUACUCCGCCGUCUCCCAUGGUUGAGGUACCUCGCCAUGAGUCACCAGGCGAGGAGUCAUCAGGCGAGUCGUCAUCCGGCGAUGAGUCAUCCGGCGAUGAGUCAUCCGACGAGGAGUCAUCCGGCGAGGAGGGGUCAUAUGACGAGGAUAGUAUUCCUCCUCCUGAUGUUGAUGCUGAUGUCGUGCCAGAGGCACAGGGUGGCGAGGAGGACCUGAUCCAGAGGUUGCCGCCGUUUCCGGGGGGGCCUGUUGAUCUGUCGCUUCUCACGCAUUAUGCUGAUCACAAGGCUCCCUGGACGUGGCAUGCACUCCUACGCACAGACGAGCGGUAUGUGGACCGUCGACACUUGAGGGUGGCCACAGCUGGGGGGAAGGUUUGGAACCUUGCUUGUGAUGGUGAUUCAGACAGUCACAGGAGGGUUCGAGAGUUGAUUGAGCAGACGGGUCUUCAUCAGCUACCCUGGUGCAGCUACUCGGAGACAGAUGCAGGCCUCAUUUUGGCCCUUGUGGAGCGAUGGCAUGAGGAGACUAGUAGCUUCCACAUGCCGUUUGGGGAGAUGACCAUCACCCUGGACGACGUGUCGGCUCUUCUCCAUCUCCCAAUGGGGUCGAGGUUCUAUACGCCUGGGAGGGGGGAGAGGGACGAGUGUGCAGCGCUAUGUGCUGAGUUGAUGGGAGGAUAUGUUGCUCGUUAUCAUGCUGAGUUUGAUAAGAACAGGAGCCAGACUAUUCGCUUUGGGGUCUUGCAGACCCUGUAUGAUGCUGCGUUGGAGGAGCACCGAUAUGAGGACGCUGCACGGAUUUGGCUGGUGAACCAGCUAGGCGCGACGCUCUUUGCUAGCAAGAGCGGUGGAUACCACACGACCGUCUACUGGAUAGGUAUGUUGCAGGAUCUCGGUCGAGUGUCCGAGUACGCGUGGGGCGCAAUUGCGCUCGCUACGUUGUACGACCAGCUUGAUCGAGCGUCCAGGAGGGGGACGGCCCAGAUGGGAGGUUUCAGCUCACUCUUGCUAGGAUGGGCCUACGAGUACCUUUCUGAUCGCGUCAUUAUCCGGAGGGCGGAUCCGGAGUACUCGCAGGACCAGCCUAGGGCGCGGCGGUGGGUUAUGUCCCGGGUCGGGCAUGCAGGCCUCGAUGAGAGGCGAGUCAUGCUCGAUGAGCUGACGGUGGAUGACAUUAUAUGGACCCCAUUUGAGGACCAUCGGGCUCAUCGACCACGGGAUCAGAAGGCCAUGUAUUCUGGCUACAUCCGGACGCCAUUUGGCCGUGUUGUUCGACGACAUCUACCAGAGAGGGUUCUGCGCCAGUUUGGCUACAUCCAGGAUGUCCCUCGACACCCCUCCGAGAUCCAGACGACUGGGUCCCUUGCUGAGACCGCAGAUGCUGCCUAUGCUGAUUUUGUGCCGCACCUGCGCCCUCAGGGGAUCCCUGUUACUCAUUCGGGAGAGGCUGUGGAGGAGUACAUGAGGUGGUAUGGCGGUGUGUCCCAUCGGUUCAUCAUCCCUGAUGAUAGGAGGGAGGAGUUCAGUGCUGUGACGGUUGUGCGUCGGGUCGUGGACUUGUUGGAGCAGUCACUGGAGGUGCCAGAUGCUCUUGCAGUUGGCACGCAUGCCCGAUCCCUCACUGAGAGGGCGCUGGAUCUUAUUAGAUCCAGCGCAUUCAUCGGUACCCAGGGAGUAGCCUUUGCUGCUGUCCGAGGAGCUGGAGCUGCAGGAGGCAGAGGUCGUGGAGGUAGAGCGCGUGGAGGCAGAGCCCGUGGAGGCAGAGCCCGUGGAGAGGGUGCACCUGCAGAGGGCGCUCGUGGAGGCAGAGCUCGUGGACCUAGAGGUCGGAGGGGUGGCGGUAGGGGUCGGGGCGAGUGACUGUAUAUUUGUAUAUAUUUUUUUGUGUACUUUUAUAUUAUGACAUGUGACGACAUUGUAUGGACUCUUUUUAUAUUAACCACGCUUUCUAUUUCCACC